AUGGGACUGACGUCAGUGGUUAGAAUAAUGGACGCGGCGGGAUCGGCCAUGCUGGCCUCUCACCACCACCAGGAAAUGGCUGUCCCUGGAGAUCGCGCGCACGGUGGGGUUGCGGAGACGAUACAUGAGGCGCCUCGAAAAUCGCCUCAAAAUUCGCCGCACGACGCUGCGGGAUCGGCGAUGCUGGCCUCUCACUACCACCAAGGAAUGGCGGCCUCCGGAGAUUGCGCCACGGGUGCGGUUGCGGAAACGACACGCCUUGGAAGCUCCGCGCACUCCCCGCAACAGGCGCAACCCGCGCAAUCUCCGCAAUCUGAGAUUGUUCCUGUCAGGGACGCGGGGAGCGGCGCGCAAGCGCAAGCACACGCGCUAGAUCCGGCGGAGAAGCGGCUACUGGAGCUGGGGUACCGACAAGAGCUGAAGCGACGCCUGGGCUGGUUGGAGAUAUUCGGAGUGUCAGCGGCAGUCAUGAACCCCUACAUGACAGCCGUGCCCUUCUUUGGCUUCGCGCUGCUGCAGGCAGGGCCUGUGGGCGUGGUGUGGCCGUGGGUCGUCCUUGCGCCCUUCGCCCUCUGCAUGGUCCUCGUUAUUGCCGAAGUCUGCUCCUCCUUCCCUACGUCAGGCUCGCUCUACUUCUGGGCGGCCAGCCUGUCCCCACCGCGCUGGAAGCCGCUGGUGGCGUGGGUGACGGUGUGGCUCGAGGUGAUCGCACUUUCAGUCUGCGCCAGCAGCAUCGCCUUCCCAGCGGCGCAGCUGGUGCAGAUGCUGAUGCAUCACAUGGCGGGCGGGGAGCACCUCUCCUCCACGGCAUUCUUCUUUGCCCUCUACUGCGCACUGCUGCUCUCCUGGGCGCUCCUCAACUCGCUCUCCCUCGCCUGUGUCUCGCGCCUCCUCGACUGCUACGUCUACUUCGCUGUGGCAUACACCAUCGCCAUUGUGACAGUGCUGCCAGCAGUCGCAGUGGAGCUGAAACCACCCUCCUUCAUUUUCCUCGAGUACCAGUCUGGCUGCGCCAUCACGGGCGUGUGCGCCGUCCUCCCCUCGCUCAUCCUCGCCGGCCUACUGCCGCAAUUCUCCUACUAUGGAUUUGAUUCUGCCGCCCACGUCACGGAGGAGACAAGGAACUCUGACGUCUCGGGCCCGCGGGCCAUUCUGGGGUCGUUUCUCAUGCAAGUGGUGUUUGGCUUCGCCAUCCUCGUCACCUUCACCGCCUGCAUCCAGGGCGACUACCGCACUCUCUUCACAGGAGAGGGCUCAUCCUUCAUGGAUCCCGUCGUGGACCUCCUCAUAUCCCUCUUCACCGCUCGCUAUGGCUCCCCCAUCGGCGCCUACGUGCUGCUCUUCCUCAUGGUCAUCCACUUCUAUGCCGCUGGCUUCGGGGUCACGCUUGCCUCCUCGCGGGCCAUCUAUGCGGCCAGCAGGGACGGCGCCAUGCCAUGGUCGCGCGUGUGGAGGACGCUGUCGAGGCGCAACCGCAUUCCCGUCAGGGCCAUCUGGCUCUCCACCUUCAUCGCUAUCGCCUUCGGCGUCCCCAGCUUCUUCUCCCCGACGUUCUUUGGAACAGUGGCAGCAGUAACAUCAGCAGCAUGGCUGGGGACAUACGGCAUCGUCGUCUUCUUCCGCCUCAUCAUCCCGCCGCACCGCUUCAAACCUGGCCCUUUCUCCCUCGGCCGCUGCGCGCGGCCGCUCUGCGUAGUGGCGCUGGGAUAUAUCGUGUACACCAUCGGUGUGUUUAUGGUGCCUAUAUUCUACCCAAUCACGUGGGAGACCUUCAACUAUGCCCCCAUUGCAUCACUUCUGCUGAUGAGCUUUGUCAUCCUAUGGUGGAUGGUGGAUGCACAUCGAUGGAAUGACAAGCCAAAGGAGCCGCCUAUUAUCCCGCACGACAGCUUUGUCGCGAUGCCAGGCGACAGCCCGACGACAUUUGGUAACCAGAUCGAGAACACGAUGCGGUGGGAGGAAUUCUCCAUCACGCAAGCCGUGCCUAAUCUUUGGAACCUCGCAGCGCGGGACUCUCUGGACGGCAAGCAGCUCCCUGCUCUGCCGGCAGCUGCACUGGCGGAAGGAACCAGUCAGCCGGCAGCGCAACCGGCAGACGGUCAAAAGGUCGGUGGAAAACGGCAGCUUCCGGCUGAGGGAUUGAGUCCGACCCGAUGCUCCCCUCGGCUGAAGAAACGACAGGAGAUUGCCGCACUGGCGGUCUCCUCGCCGCCCAAACCCCUCUUCGCGAUGUCGCCGCCAGCGUCGCCGAAGUCGCCGAAAUCACCGAAGGCACCCAGAUCGCCGAAGUCUUCUAAGGGAGCGGAGUCUGUGUCGCCGAGGCGAUCGCCGAGGAACCAUGCAAAAUCUCGCAUGGCGUUGGAGAGUGCGACGGAAGUCGCAGAGUCGCACGGGCGAGGAAAGGCGACAGCAGCAGCGUCGCCGGCCGCAGCCUCUCCUGAGCCCGGGAAACGGGCGAAUCGGAGGGUGAACACUCGUUGUAAGGACCGACGUAACUUUCAGGAGUUGAUUCAAAAGGAAGAUGGGCUCGGUACCGUCAGUACCGUCGGUGCCGCGGCUGAGGAUGAGAGGAAAUGCGGCGGCGGAAGCGAUCAUGAAAAAGCAUCCGUGGAAGAGAAAACUGUGGAGGUUGAGCAAGGGAUAUCAGAGCCAGCUGCUGCUUCCGACAUCGUCCGUAAUGCCAGUGCUGCGGGAAAUAAGACUUCGGGACUCGUCGACCCAGCUCCUAUCGUCGCCGAGAAGCAGAACCCGCCAGUGGCUGUCUCGGCAAUGGCAGCCGCGACGCCGGAGGGAACGGCGGGCGGGGAGCAGGCGACUGCAGCGCGCGACGGAGAGACGCCGGACGAGGCAAUGGGACGUUCGGGCGUGACGUCGUUGUUCCUCAGCCCGGGGCUCGACGACGUGAAGGGCAUGGGGCUGGGGUUCUCGCUCACUCCCGUCGACAACACCAGGCCCGCGCUCACUGAAACUGGACGCGCAGCAGCAGCAGCAGCAGCAGCAGUAGCCAUAGCCGCAGCGCCGGCGGCAGCUGAAGCAGCAGGCGAGGGUAUCGCUGCCGCGCCUGAAGAUCUCAUGUCGUCGUUUCUGACCCCUGGUGUGUUGGACCAGAGCGAUGGGGACCUGGACGGGCUGCUAGAGACCCCGGACGGGGCUAAAUCCGCUGGGGGGAUGUGGGCGGGCGGUGCUGAUAGGUUGGAUAGUAUGCUGCUGGGCUCGGGGAAAGGUGUUGGCGUUGCGGGUUUCGCGGGUGACUUACCGGAUGCGGGGAGUCCUCUGCAGCUGGUCAAUGAGGCUGUUGCGCUGGAUCAGCUUCCGCGCGUUCCGCUGGUUCCGCGUCAGGAGGAGUGCGCGCCGCUGCGUCUGGAGAGCGCACUGAACGCGGCGCUGUUGCUGCCGGCGCCACUCGCGGCGGACGAUCAUCAGGCAGAUCAGACCAAUGAGGCGGAUGAAGCGGCGGCCGUUAAGGAGCUCUCCGGCGAUGGCGCGUUCGGCUCCCCGCAGGACCGCAUUGGGGAAGACGGGGGUGGCGGCGAAGGGGCAGCGGGCGGAGCAGGGGCGAGUCACGGCGGGGAAGGCCGCGCGCACGAGAGCGUGGGGAGGAAGGGGCGGCGGGAAAGCACUGGCACGAGUCCAGAGCCGGGUGCUGGGAAGGAGGGCGGGAAGGAGGGUGGCGGAGAGGAGGGGGACGCAGGGGAAGCGGGGGGCAGGGUUGAGGAGAUGGCGGGAGAGGAAGAGGCGGCAACUGAGUUUUCCACAAUCGGCCGAUUCCCCCGCCUGACUGCCCGCCACGCUGCGACCGCGACCGUGGGCUGGAUGGCUGCUAUCGAGGCGGGGACGGGCGCGGAGGAGAUAGAGACUCCGCCGAGGCGCGUGGCGGAAAGCAGGAGCGGCGAAGGCGGUGCGCGUGAGGCGGAAGGGUCGCCGAGGGACGGGGACUCGCCCAUCAUGGGUGUGGUGUCCGCCGGAAAGGAGGGCGCGGGCGGCAGCGCCAGGCAGGGCGGAGGGGUUGCGCGGGAUGCGCGGGACAGGGGGAAUUCCGGGCAUGGGGAAGAUGGGGGAAAUCGGGUGGAUGAGGGGGAUGUGGAGGAGCGGAGUAUGGGGCUGGUGGGGUGGAGCGAGGGAGUGAGGCGGGCAUUCGAGGAUGUGGAGAUGGGGGAGGCGCUGGUGGGGGGUUUCGAUCUGGCGGAGGUGGGUUCGGGGGAAGUGAUGGCAGGAGGGGUGGGCGGAGGAACGGAUAGAGCGCUGGCUGAUGGGGGGAGUGAGGAGCAGGCGCACAUACGCGGCGUCCGGUGGCUGGAUCUGUUUUUCAACCUAGCUGGCUUGUCGCUAGAGUCGCGCAAGUCGGGGGUGCUGGAGCAAUCCCCCUGGACUCCGCGCACGCCCAGGGAGCGCGCGCGGGAAGCGAGUGCGGGAGAGCGCCUGUUCCGCCGCGUGUGCCUGCAGCCGCAGGAGGAGGCGGUGGAGAAGCUGUGCGCACAGCAGCUGGCGUGCCUGGCGGAGGAGCAGCAGCAGACAGACGCUCUCGAGGCCACCGUGGCCGCCAGCGACACCGCUUUCGCCCAGCUCGCUGCUCAAGGCAAACCCGAGCAGCAGGUGCUGAAGGAGCGACUGCUCGCCCUCAAGGGCCUCAUCAGGGUGGAGAAGAAGGUGGAGUGGCAGAGGGUGCGCGCGCAGCUGGAGGCGGAGAGGAGCCGCGCCCUGGACCAUGCGGAGCGCAGGCUGCAGGUGGAGCAGCAGUGCAUGGCAGAGCGCAGGGCGGCGGAGGAGGCAGCAGCUAGGCGGGUGGGCGAGCUGCUGGCGGACGUGCGGGCGAGGAGGGCUGCGGUGGAGCGAGCGCUGAGGGAGAAGAAGGAGAAGGCAGCGGUGCAGCAGCAGAGCCGGCUCCAGGAGCUGAGGCAGCAGACAGUGGCGCAGCCUGCGCCUGGGAUGGCAGAAGCAGGAGGAGGUUUAAGGGCUGCUGCAGGGGAGUCGGGGGUGGAAGGGGCUGAGGUAGAGAACACGGGUGCUGUGUCGGACCCAGUCAGAGCUGCCAAGAUAGCGGAGUUCCUGCAGGUACAGAGCGGUUCUGGGUCCUUGCUGUUGCCACCUGUCCCAUGUGAUGGCUGGAAGCUGCGUGAGUACCAGCGGUCAAGCGACGGCAUGCACAUGGACCUUGUGCUCUCCGUGCUCCAGUUCGUCACCCUCAGAAUCCACAUCGACCUGGCGUCCCCCUCCUUCUCCCUCUCGCCAGCCAUCAACCAUGAGGUGGUCGCCAAGCACUUUCCUCUCUUUGAGGUGGCGCCUGCUUUGGAAGCGCUGGUGGUGGGGCCCUCAGGGGUGUCCUCUCAGCUGCACUCCUCCCCCCUCACUGCUGCUGCCCUCGCCGCUGCAUACCAGGGGGUGCUACUACGAGCAGGGCGCACACAUGCACUGGUGCAGGAGCUGUGGGAGCAGAGGCAGGUCCUCAUGCGGGUCAUGCCGCGCCUCACCGUGCAGCCGUGUGGCACAUCAGGGGAUGUCAUGGUGCAAGCUUCGUUCAUGCACUUCGACCCCUUCACCAAAGUGGUGCUCAGCUGUCGCAUCCCCUACCAGAUAAGUGGCAUGUCAUAUCCAUUCACGCGCCCCCACGUGGAGGUGGAGGUGCCUCACAGCCGCAAGCUGUCAGCACAGCAGGUGGUACAGGCAGUGGAAGCGGCAGCAGGGGGGGUGCCUGAGGGGUAUGGGCUCAUGUCCCGCAUGCUGCAAGCGGUGGCCGCUACCCUCAAGACACUUCUUGGGGAAUGA